GUUCAUAGAGGCUACCUAAAACGGCUACAGGCGGAUUCAAUGAUGGAGUCGUUUUUGCUGAGGAGUUUUAGGGUUGAUCCCACAGUUUAAAGUGGGACUCUGACGGGUUAGUCCAAUUAAACCUAAACUGAAGAACAGUUUAAUUUCCUUUGAACAUAAAGAGGGCUAAAAGGAUUAUUCAGCAAAGCUUCUAAACAGCUUUCAACCCCUCAAGACUUCAUCAUGUCUGGUCUGUCUCUUUCCUCAUGGACUAAACUCCAGGUGAGAUCUCAGACUAUCAGGACAGUCCUUCAAAGGAGCAUCUUCUUUCCAAACCUUAACUCCAAAAGACACCACAGCUCGGGCCAGCACAGAAGGAGGGUUGUUGUCACAGGGAUAGGUCUGGUUUGUCCUCUGGGGACAGGGACUGCACUGCCCUGGGACCGCCUGGUCAAAGGUCAGAGUGGGCUUGUUGCUCUAGACUCAGAGGAGUAUAAAACUGUUCCCUGUAAGGUGGCAGCACUGGUCCCAAGAGGAGAUGAACCAGGCCAGUUUAAGGAGGACCAGUUUGCUUCUCGAGGGGAGAUCAACAGCAUGGCACCUGCUACUGUGAUGGCCCUGGGAGCAGCUCAACUGGCCCUGCAGGACUCAGGGUGGUACCCAGAGACCCAAGAGGAGCAGCACAGCACUGGGGUGGCUGUCGGCAUGGGGAUGGUGUCUCUGGAUGAAAUCGCUCGCACAUCUGCUGCAUUUAAAGAAAAGGGCUAUAACAGAGUCAGCCCUUUCUUUGUGCCCCGCAUCCUGGUCAACAUGGCCGCUGGUCACAUCAGCAUCAAACACAAACUGAAGGGCCCAAACCACGCCGUGUCUACAGCCUGCACCACAGGAGCACACGCCUUAGGCGACGCAGCUAGGUUCAUAGCCCACGGAGAUGCAGUUGCUAUGGUAACAGGGGGGACAGAAUCAUGUGUGGGGCCUCUGUCCAUCGCAGGUUUCGCCAGAGCAAGAGCCCUUGCCACCAAGUGGAACGACAACCCCACAAAGGCGUCGAGGCCCUUCCACCCGGAGAGAGAAGGCUUCGUGAUGGGAGAGGGAGCAGCGGUGCUCCUCCUGGAAGAGAUGGAGCACUCUGUGAGGAGAGGAGCCCGGAUAUAUGCAGAGGUCCUGGGAUAUGGGCUCUCAGGGGACGCCAGCCACAUCACAGCGCCCACUGCAGAUGGAGAUGGAGCAUUCAGGUUCCUGAGCGGAAGUCUUUUCAAACAUUUUUUUAAACAAGUUGGUUUAUUUGGAGGGUUUUAUUUGAGAACAGCUCUUUGUCAGAGUUCACUGACCUCAUAAAGGAAACAGAAAGUAGAAAGAGAGACGAUAAAAAGUCCCUUUAUGACUUUAAGAAAAAGUUACAGUUAGAGGACAGUUCAGAGGAGUUCAGCUGCUGUUUUCUGAAUCUCAGGGUUUAUCAAAGCUGCUGUUUCAUAAAUUUCUGAAUUUUGUUCAGUAACACAGUUGAACAACAGAAAUUGGGCCAAAAAUUGAAAAAUAAUGUUGAAGUUGGAUUAAGCUGGGUAAAUGUCUGUCUGCUGUCUCUACAGGUGUAUGUCUGCAGCGCUCAGGGAUGCUGGCGUCACACCUGCAGAUGUCACUUACAUCAACGCUCACGCCACCUCAACACCUUUGGGUGAUGCUGCUAAAAAAACGCCGCCAUCAAGAGGCUCUUCCAUGAGAACUCAGAGAACCUGGCUGUCUCCUCCACAAAGGGGGCCACGGGACACCUGCUGGGGGCCGCUGGGGCCCUCGAGGCAGCAUUCACUGCUUUAGCGUGCUACCACAAAAUCCUCCCCCCAACCCUGAACCUGAACCGCACAGAGCCAGAAUUUGACCUGAACUAUGUCCCCUGCACGGCACAGAUGUGGCAAACUGACAGACGACGGGUCGCCAUCACAAACUCAUUCGGGUUUGGAGGCACAAAUGCGUCGCUGUGUCUUGCGAGCGUGUGAAGAUCAUUCUGUGUUUGAUAGCUCUGAUGGAGCAGAGUGUAACUCGCUAAAUGUUUGCAGAUGAAUUAGACAGAUUUACUUACUUCUGGAAACUGAACUUGAGGGAGUUUCACUGCAAAGAUUAAAAACUUAAAGGAAAUCGUGCUUUGCUCUGGAUGUUUUCAUUAGACCAAGAUCACAAACCCUUUGAUUGUCAUGCAACAAAAACAUCAGAGAUACAGAGAACCAAUUUAUGAGCAUGGCUCCUUUAAGAAAAAAAUGCAGAUAAAUAUCUUAAAACUGAGCAAAUACAUAAUGAACAAAUUGUUCCAUGCAUUGUUUAAAAAAAAGGGAGGAUUAUUACACAUUUUUAUUCAAUUCUGCACACCCAAGAAGAAAGGAUUUUUUCAUGUAUAAUGGUCAGCUGUGUGUUAUGAUAGCGGUGCACUGUUUUGUGGAAAAGUCUGAUAGCAGCCAGAAACAGCUCUAUGAUGACUAGAACAUAUGACCCUCAAAUAAAGUAGUAUAAGAUUUUUAUUUAUUUAUUUAUUU